CAAGCUUUGGCCGUUUUGUGAAGAUCGAUCGUCCCAUGGAGAAAGUCAAUUCGUACUCGUCGGGCAAAUGUGAUCGUCAUGUCAUCAGUCAUUGGCGGCGACGCUCCAGGUCAAGAGCAACAUCCACGUUCUUGUCAACGUCCUCAGUCGUCAUAUUUCGAUGUUUUUCGUGGUUUUGCCUUCUUCGUCGCCGUGGUAGAUUUGUUUUUACCAGUCUGGUGGAAUGUGCGCUUGCACUCUACUCAUCGUCAAAGCCCCCGGUCGCGGCAGCACAAGAACUGUCACAUGAUCCAUAUGUGUCUACUCCCCUACCUCCAACACGACGCAAGCGUCGCCGUGGGUAUCGCAUCACGAAACACAUUGUCACGUACCCUCGCGCCGGCCACCCGCCACCCGUAGUGUGGGCACAUAAGUCCGUUUUUAUCAAAGGUCGACCGCCGAAAGCCCGCAUCGAUAGCAUACUGCACGAGAACUACCACCCUCUGGCAAAAACCAUCGCGGAGGUGUCGAAAGCGGCAGAAGAAGAUGACGAAGACGACGAGCGAUUGCGGUUGCUAGCUGGGAAUGAAGACCACGAGCAGAGGGAGCACGACCCCGAGGAAGAUCUACUUCCAGUCACGACAGGAGAUGAACAAGGCGAUGCAGACGAGAUAAUAAGCAACAAGCGUCGACGUCGGCGCCGCGGUUUACCCGGCCCCGGCAUCAGUAUCAGACAUGCCGAUGAGCACAUUCUCCACGAGCGCACUCGCCCCGCGUCCAUUCCGAUUAUCACGACGAAUUUCAACUUGUUGCAUUUUUUGAAGUUGAAAAUUCGGAACCUCGUCAAGAACGGUUUUUACAACCUGCACGUGAUUGACAACAACAGUUCGUAUCCGCCGCUUCUGGACUACUACUACAAUUCCGAGGAAUAUCCUGAGAAAAAAGUGUUACAGUUACACACUCUGAUCGGAGACAAGCAAGACAGACAAACUCUGUCAUGCAGGAAACGCUUGCCAACCUCAUGUCAUUCGUGUUUUCCCUUAUAGUCUGCGCAUCACAGGUUUGAUAAUUUGCCAUGUCUAGCAACUUUGUGAUGCAGAAAAUCCAACAAAUGUGUAACAAACUGUAAACGCUUUUUUCUCGCGAUAAGGAAGCAGCGGCGAACUUCACGCUGCACCGCAUCUACCGCAACGACGGGUGCUACGCUUUGUGGCAGUCCUACGGUGGGGUUCUCACCCACGCGGCAGACAUACACGGCAGGCGGUUUGUGGUGUCGGACGUGGAUGUGCUCUUUCCGGAGGGCAGGCAGUGGUUCUACGUCUUCAACGACCUGCUGGACUUGUUUCCGCACAUCCUCAAAGUCGCGCCCGCCUUGAAGCUCGACGAUUUAGACACCACAAAGCUGGUGGUCACGAAAAGGAAAAGCGAUCUUCUUGACUAUGGGGAUCAUGAGAAUAUGAAUACAACUUAUAGUCGACAAAGAGCGCCAGCAGAAGGUCUUGAUCAUGCGGAGCAAGGGGAUCCAACAAGUGGAAAUGGUCGUCCAUACGCUCGGACAAUCGGGGGCAGAAGGUCACUAGAGCUCAGCUCGUAUGCGACCGAAGACGUCACUCUCCGACUUGAUGACCAGUCCGAGGUGGCACAGAUGAAGACCAGUUCUGCGGCACCUGGUAAGAACGCCGUUUCUUUUCCGAUAAAACCAUCUGACAAGCAGCGAAAACUCGUCUUGGAUCGAGAGCUCCGGUUUUGGCUUCUAAAGCUGGACUUUGCAGCCGCAAGUGCGGUGAACGGCACGGCAAGCGUACCACGGUCUAACGAGGUGGAGGAGGGAACGUCAGCAAUAACUUCUCUGCACGAGGACGUGCAGAAGUCUCUCAGGCCGCGUAUCAGUUGGAACACGGCGAUUGAGAAGACGCUGCGCGGCCACUACGACACGCUGACUCGCGAGCCCGAGACUCACACAUUGUAUCUUCACGAGAAUCAACAUGUUAAUGCUUUGCCUUCCGAUAGCACUAGCCCUAGUACAACGACCAGCGCCUCAACUACGUCAAAUACACAUGGAGCAGUCGGCGUCAACUCUUAUCAGCAGCAGUCCAAGCUUUUCGCAGCCACAAACGAGGCCGCUUUGGAGCCCCUCCGCAAGCAUCUCGCGGGCCUGCGAAACAGUCGGGGCGAGGCGAAGAGCUUCGAGUACGAGCUGGCGUUACUGCGGGCGAGGCAGCUGAACCACGGCGCCACCUGGUUCGAUGGUCAUCUGGACCCAAAGGAUUUCGGCACGCGGUCGAAGACGCCGGCGGAACGACAAGUGCAAGUUGAGAAGGUAGCGGCCGCGAUCGCGGCCAACGAGCUGGACAUCUAUGUGUCCCCCGUCGACACAGCGGCGGUCAUGUACCAGGCGAAAUGCAGCUACCACAAUCCGCAGUGGGUGCGCGGCGUGCGGCACACGUUACGCGUGGCUGGUCCGAAGUUUGAGGCCCGACAUUUACCGUGGUACGUGGACCACGCACGGCUGGAAGACUUUUCAGCCGACUACAGAACGAUGAUGUCCAACAAGUUAACGCAAGCAAAGGGUGGCGGGGCCUACUCCGAUGCUUUUGCUCUCGUGGGAAAUAAGGAUGACCAAAAUAGGAAAAACGCGAGAAAUUAAGUGAUAGUGAUGAAAUCUAUUAGGCGCCGUCAAAAAAUGAAUCUCAGUUGUGAUAAAAAGUAGCGGUCCACCUGACAACGCCACGGAUGCUGUUAAGUGACGUCACUACACGGUUUGAUAGAUACAUAGAUUUAGAUGAAGUUUGCUCGAUCGAUGUUUCCUCUCGCGCAGAUUGUAAUCGUGCCCUUGUCGUGUUCCCAGG